AAAACGUGCGAGACGAGUGAGACGAGCGACGAACGCGUGAACUCGUGAAGUUUGGUGCGACGUAUUUUACGGCACGGCGCGGCGAGUCCCCACGUUUUCCUAAGUAUCUCUUAUCAUCAUAUAAAGACUCAUAAAUAGUUAAUUCAAGUCGUCUGCCCGUCGCAUACAUUGAGUGACCGUCCCGUGAGGUCGUCCCGUCUAGCGGUUGGUGCUGAUGAAAUCAACAGUACCGCUCGAGGAAGUAGUGAAUAAAUUGGACCACAUAACUCUACCUCUAACCACCAGAAUGCCGAACAUCAAGGUCUUCAGCGGGAGCUCGCAUCCGGACCUCGCGCAAAAAAUUGUCGACCGCCUUGGAAUUGAUCUCGGCAAAGUAGUCACAAAAAAAUUUAGCAACAUGGAAACGUGUGUAGAAAUCGGUGAAUCUGUUCGUGGAGAAGAUGUUUACAUAGUUCAGAGCGGCAGUGGCGAGAUAAAUGACAAUCUUAUGGAGCUACUGAUUAUGAUCAACGCAUGCAAAAUUGCUUCGGCGUCCCGGGUCACCGCUGUCAUUCCGUGCUUUCCGUACGCGAGACAAGACAAAAAAGACAAAAGUAGAGCUCCAAUUACUGCAAAACUGGUCGCCAACAUUCUCUCCGUCUCCGGCGCGGAUCACAUCAUAACAAUGGAUCUUCAUGCAUCCCAAAUUCAAGGAUUUUUCGACAUACCCGUGGAUAACCUCUUCGCCGAGCCUGCAGUGUUGAAAUGGAUCAAAGAGAAUAUUCCUGACUGGAAAACAAGCAUUGUAGUAUCUCCUGAUGCUGGUGGUGCCAAAAGAGUCACUUCAAUAGCUGAUCGGUUGAAUGUUGAGUUUGCUCUUAUUCACAAAGAACGGAAGAAGGCUAAUGAAGUGGCCUCAAUGGUGUUAGUGGGUGAUGUGAAGAACCGCAUUGCCAUCCUGGUGGACGACAUGGCUGAUACCUGCGGCACUAUUUGCCAUGCUGCUGAAAAGUUGAUUGAAGCUGGUGCAACUAAGGUGUAUGCAAUCCUCACUCAUGGUAUUUUCUCUGGGCCUGCCAUUUCUCGAAUCAACAAUGCCUGUUUAGAGGCAGUUGUCGUUACAAACACAAUCCCACAGGAAAGGCAUAUGCAGGAUUGCCCUAAAAUCCAGUGCAUCGAUGUUUCCAUGAUGCUGGCUGAGGCAGUGAGGCGUACACACAACGGAGAAUCUGUUUCAUAUCUAUUCUCCAAUGUUCCAUACUAGUUUAAUUAAGCAUUUAAUUUUAAUUUAGGUUAAGUUCUCCAACAUUGGUUUUAUAUUGUUUGCAUCAUAGACUAUGUCCCAGUUAUUUUUGGACAUCUCAUGUUGUCUAUUGGUAUGUUAUCUAACAGUAAUAGAUUAGAUAAAGAUAACUAAGAAUUGGUGAUAUUUUUUACUCUGGAAAUAAUACUUUUGUAUUUAUAAAGGACAGUUGGAAGCCUACUAAUUUAGUUUUAGUAGCUUUAAACAUGGAUUGGAAAGAACUGUGUUUUUUUCUUUUUUUUUAUAAUCUCAUUUUAUGGUUAGUUUUGUUGUAUCAUUCAUUGUCUUUUCCAGACAUUAUAAUUAGCAGAUCUUGCGAGGAUUAAUGAACUAAUAAGUAUUAAUUAUCUUGGCCAUAAUGUAAUAGUUUCAUUCCACAACUGCCAUGGAAAACUCUUUAUGAACUUAGCUCUGCAUUUAUGUAAUAAUGUUGUAGAUUAGAUAACUUGUUGCUGUUGAAAGUUUUUUUUUCUUUCAAAUAAUAACAUUUUUAUGAGAAUAUUUUUAUCUCUGUUAGCAUAGCUCUAGUUAUUAAAAGACAAAUUGUUUUGUUAAGUAUUUACAUUAACGAGAAAAAGUUUAUUUUUGAAGUGGUCAAUUGAUGUAAAAUGUAAAUCGAAAUUGAGGUGUUUUAUGUCUUAUCAGCUAGCUAAGUUUAUUGUAGGUAUUGUACUGCUUAAAAUAAUGUCAGAAUGUGGCCUUCUUUAUAUUUUAUCGGAGUAAAUUAAUCCCCAUAGAAAAAUGAAUUGAAUGCAUACGUUUUGAUUAAACAUUGGCUAUGAAUGGAAUAAUUACAGAAAUCAGAUGCAUUAAAUUGUAUUACAGUAAACAAGUCAGUUAUUAUCACUGAUAAAAGUUCAAUUGUUUAUGCUGUAGAUGUUAUUCGGCUUUAAAUAUUAUGGAAUU